GCUUUAGUGUGGAAACCGCCCCCUUGGUCACUCGCACGGGUCUCGUCUCGGUUCCUCUCCCGACGCGGCGCGCGGCGCGGCGCUCCGGUCUGCGGACAACUCCCUUCGAUAUCGCGCUCUAUUCUUCUUCGAGGUCCUGCGAUGGACGGAGAGACGGGGCGGUGCGUCAGAGUUCUAUGUCCAAAGAAGUCGCUCCUAUCCUCCAGGAGCCGCGGCAUCCAGUGGCUGAUCGGAUCUCCCCUCUUCUUCUCCUCCUUCUCCAUCGUAUCCUCCAUCCGAUGUCUCCAUGCCGUUACCGAAGAUGAUCCAUAUUCCCCGGACUUCGUCAAAGAAACAGAUGAAAUCAAGAUGUUACUUUUAAGAGGGUUUGAAGUAAUUGGUGCAUUAAUAAUUGGAGAUGGGAGUCCGGAGAAAAAUGUUGCCAAGGCUGUUAAGAUUUGUCGAAAGAUGAGAGAAUGCCUUCAUGGUCCUGGAGAACAUGAUCUAAUUGGUGCCACAACUGAUUUGAUGACUGAUGAUAUUCAUUUCUUUGUUUCAUGCCUUGCAAAUAUUGAAAAAAUGGAAGUUGUUAGGUCGGUUAUUUAUGAUGACAAUCCCGAAAAAUAUAUCUGGGAGAAAGGUUGUCUGCUGAGAUGCAACCUGGAAUUCAAGUUGCCUAUUUUCAUUCCCUUAAAUAAAACAUCAGAUGUUGCAGAAAUUGUUUCCUUAUCCAUUGAUGCUGCUGCUGCCAAAUUGAGAGAUCCACAUGUUGUAUACCUAGUUGAAGGUUCAAAUAUUAACACAGAGGAGUCAACUCGUUCUGCUAUCUUGCAUGGUAUGGUGUUGAAUUUGGUUUCAGGUCAUUCUUUCUCCAAGUCGGUGGAUACUUCUACUAAGGAUCUACCAUGUUCAUAUUUUCUUUCCAAGCAUAAGGACAUCUCAUUAUCAGCAAAAAGAGAGAAUGCAGAUGCUAUCCAAAUAGCUGUUCUAUUCAAUCAGUCAAGAAAAAAUUGCAAGUCAAUUGCUCCAGUUGCAGAAUAUUUUCCAGUCACCGAACAUGCAAAAAACCUAAGUUUUAGCUUCAAGCUUGAUGUCCUAUGCUACUCAACUGAAGAUUUUACAAUUUCUGCUGCUCUCUCUGAAUUAGUUAUCCCCGGUUUAGUUGAUCAGUUAAAUAACAUGAAGAGGGUUCUCAUAUCAGAAUUACAAUCACAACAGCCUCAGUUUUGUCCAUAUCACUUCCUGCCACCUGGGUUAUUGCACCCGAUAACAGCUAUCUAUGAUCUCAGAUAUGGUGAGACGGAGAUGAAACAAGUGGAAAUGAGGAAAGCUUUGCAUUCAAGAUUAGGUCUGCCCUUGGAUCGUCCUCUACUGCGUAUUGCUAAUGCCUUAAAUUUUGACACGAAGAGCAUGAAAACUAUCAACCCAUUGAAAUAUGGUACUCCAUUGCUUAAAGAUGUUCAUAAUGAGAUUCCAAGUAGUGGCGUUUCUGGAGGCAUAAUCUCUUUGAUUGAUGGAUCAUAUGAAUACUACCAUUACCUUCUUCAAGGUUUUGAUGACAAUGGCUGGGGAUGUGCUUAUCGCUCCCUGCAAACUAUUUUAUCAUGGUACCGACUUCAACGGUACACAUCACUGAAUGUUCCUUCACACAGGGAAAUUCAGCAGGCUCUUGUCGAUAUAGGCGAUAAGGAACCUUCUUUUGUUGGAUCACGUGAAUGGAUUGGAGCAAUUGAGUUAAGCUUUGUCUUGGACAAACUUCUUGGAGUUAGCUGUAAGAUUAUGAACGUGAGAUCUGGAGAAGAGCUUCCAGAGAAAUGCAGGGAGCUUUCCAUGCAUUUCGAGACGCAAGGAACUCCAAUCAUGAUAGGUGGUGGUGUUUUAGCAUAUACCCUUCUCGGAGUAGAUUACAAUGAAGUAAGUGGGGAUUGUGCAUUUCUUAUCCUGGAUCCACAUUACACAGGCAGUGAUGAUCUUAAGAAGAUUGUGCAUGGUGGAUGGUGUGGGUGGAAGAAGGCUGUUGAUAGCAAAGGCAAGAGCUUCUUUUUGAAGGAUAAGUUUUACAAUCUUCUCCUCCCACAAAGGCCCAACAUAGUUUGAAAUUCCAUUUGAUGCAAUAUUGGUUGAGAACGAGAUGAUUAUUUAUCUAAUCUAUGGAAAGCAGGGCUCUGUGGAAAGAGAGAGAUUUUUUUUUAAAAAAAAAAAAUCUUUUGAAAUGUUUUAGGAAACAAGAGAAUAUAGUGUAUAAUUAAUUUACUGGUUCAAAUGGAGCCUCUUUUCUGAUAA